GUGCAUGUUUUCAUCAUGUCUAGUGUUCGAAAUGAAACGCUGGUGAAGAUUGAGAUUGGUGCAGGGCACGCCGAGCCUGAUGUCAACAUGGAGCACUCAGAUCUUCUCACUCGCAAGAACGGGCGGCAGAGGAAGAUGGCUGGUUCACUUCUGUCUGAAAACUUAAAGGACAGUGACAGGACGGAGAUAAGCUCCUCUGAAUCUGAGAUGGAGGGAGACUCAGAUGGUUUAAUUAAAUCAUCAGACUCUGAAAGCUCUUUCAGGAGGCGUGCCAGACCACAACAUGGAGUUCAUGGAGAGAUGGGAAAUAUUUUGUUGCUUUUAUUUCUUUAUGUACUGCAGGGGAUUCCUUUAGGACUUGCUGGUAGCAUUCCACUUAUUCUACAGGGUAAAAAUGUUAGUUAUAAAGACCAAGCCUUUUUUAGUUUUGUCUUUUGGCCUUUCAGUCUAAAACUUUUUUGGGCGCCUCUAGUGGAUGCACUCUAUUUUAAAAAGUUUGGUAGAAGAAAGUCAUGGCUGGUGCCCACACAAUACCUUCUUGGUAUCUUCAUGAUCUGGCUAUCAUUUACUGUUAAUGAACUGCUGCAGAGAGAGGGUGGACCUGAUAUUGUGACACUAACAUCAGUGUUCUUCAUGCUAGCCUUUUUGGCUGCCACACAGGAUAUAGCUGUUGAUGGCUGGGCUCUGACGAUGUUGUCCAGGGAAAAUGUGGGAUAUGCGUCCACCUGUAACUCUGUUGGCCAAACAGCAGGUUAUUUCCUGGGUAAUGUGCUCUUUUUGGCAUUAGAGUCUGUUGACUUCUGCAACAAAUAUCUCAGGAUAGAACCUAAGGACACAGGCAUUGUCACUUUAUCAGAUUUCCUGUUUUUCUGGGGUGUGAUAUUCAUGGUGUCCACAACACUGGUGGCCAUUUUAAAAAGAGAAAAUGGACACAUCAAAGGGAAGAAAAGAGUGAAGGAGGAAACCCAGAGUGUCAUGGAAACCUACAAGUUACUUUUCACUAUAAUUAAAAUGCCUACUGUCUUCACCUUUUGCAUCCUGCUUCUUACAGCCAAGAUUGGCUUCUCAGCAGCUGAUGCAGUGACAGGUCUAAAGCUGGUUGAAGAAGGAGUUCCUAAGGAGCAGUUGGCCUUGUUGGCUGUUCCUUUGGUGCCCCUGCAGAUUUUGCUUCCAGUUAUCAUCAGUAAAUACACAGCUGGCCCCCGGCCACUGGAUGUCUUUUACAAAGCUUUUCCUUUUAGAUUGCUCAUUGGGUUGGAGUACGCUCUGCUAGUGUGGUGGACGCCGAAUGUUAAACAUGAAAAUGGAUUUCCGGUUUAUUACUAUGCUGUAAUACUUCUUAGUUACGCCCUGCAUCAGGUGGCGGUGUACAGUAUGUAUGUAGCCUGCAUGGCCUUCCAUGCCAAAGUAAGUGAUCCACUUAUAGGUGGGACCUAUAUGACUCUCUUGAACACAGUCACUAAUCUGGGAGGCAACUGGCCUUCUACUGUGGCUCUGUGGCUGGUGGAUCCACUCACCACUAAGGAGUGCCAAGGGGCCUCUGCACAGAGCUGUGCUUCGUCAGAAGCUGCUGGGUUGUGCGCACAGGAUGGUGGAGUGUGUAUUACAACGCUAGAUGGCUACUAUGUGGAGUCUGUGGUGUGCGUUGUGAUUGGUAUAAUCUGGUGGAUGUGGCUUGGAAAGAAAAUGAGGCAGCUGCAGGACGAGAGUCCUGCUGCUUGGAGAUGUAGAGAUUAAAGACUGUUCCAAUGUAAGGAACGGCUGUGUGAAUAUGAUGCACUUUUCAGCUUCCACCAUGAAGAGAAUAAUGAAUUAUAUCAUUAUUGUCACCACAUACUUGAAUCCAUUGUUCCUCUAGCCUGAUAAAUUCUCCACCAGUAAAGUAGUCCUGACCAAGUAUAGCUGAAAUUCUAGAGACAGGUCCACUUUCCUUCUGAAUGGUUACCCCAGCAGCACUGAAAGAUGGGUCAAAUGCAGAGGACACAUUUCUCUACAGGGAUAAUAAAGUGUACUUUAAUUUUAAAUUAUGCAUUUAAACAUUUGCUUUCAAAAUCACAUAUUUAACUGUUACAUCUUAAUCAAGGAGUGCAUCCAGACAAUGACAUCUGUACAGAACUCAUGGUUAUUUAUUUUGAGUAGUGAUUCAAUGCCAAAGGGAAAUCAUGAGAAUAUUUUUGAGGAAUUAUGGUAAUAUUUACAAAGAUGUCAAAGAUGUUGUCUUUGUCUCAGCUCUAGUACAAUCCAGGCCUUUUUAAAACUGUGCCUUUGGUUGCAUUUAUAGGAGUUUCUGGCUUGACAAAUUUUGGGCUAAAAAUAUUGCGUAUAAAAUGUUAGAAAUGUGCACUCAUAAAAAAAUGAAGUCAUACCAUUAAAAGCCUUUCAAGUUUUC